AAUCUAUCAAAGAAAAGCUCUAGGUCAAAGUGGUCAAAUAACGAAUGAGUCGUUGUUUUGAGGCUGCUUCUUCAAAGUUAUCAAUAUGAGUGGAAAAUACAAAAUUGUUAUGAUUCGCCAUGGCGAAAGUGAAUGGAAUCAGAAAAAUCUAUUUUGUGGCUGGUAUGAUGCCGAUCUUAGCGAUAAAGGUCGUGAGGAAGCUAUAGCCGCUGGCAAAGCAUUGAAAUCUGAAGGAUAUCAGUUCGACGUAGCUCAUACAUCGGUUCUGAAACGUGCUCAGAUCACAUUAAACACCAUUCUUCAAGAGAUUGGUCAAACAGAUUUGCCUGUUAAUAAAACAUGGCGUCUCAAUGAAAGACAUUAUGGUGGUCUAACCGGCUUGAACAAGGCUGAAACUGCUGCGAAGUAUGGAGAAGCUCAGGUUCAAAUAUGGCGUAGAAGCUUCGAUGUGCCCCCUCCACCCAUGGAAAAGGACCAUCCGUAUUAUGACACAAUUGUAAAUGAUCCUCGCUAUGCUGGUGACCCAAAACCAGAAGAGUUCCCCAAGUUUGAGAGCUUAAAGCUUACCAUUGAACGGACCUUGCCCUAUUGGAAUGAUGUAAUUGUUCCUCAAAUCAAAGAAGGCAAAAGGAUUAUAAUUGCAGCCCACGGCAACAGUUUACGCGGCAUUGUGAAACAUUUAGAUGGACUCAGUGACGCUGCUAUAAUGGAGCUGAAUCUGCCCACCGGAAUACCGUUUGUCUAUGAACUCGAUGAGAACAUGAAGCCGGUCGACUCAAUGGUAUUCCUCGGCGACGAGGAGACCGUCAAGAAAGCCAUGGCCGCCGUUGCUGCGCAAGGCAAAGCCAAGUAAAUUUAAUUGAUACCAAGACCUGCAUAAUAGCAAAAUAGACUUAUUGUCAAUGUUUCUGAUGUUUUGUAGAUGUGAAAUGAGAUUUUAUUCAUAGCAUUUGUGAAGGUAAGCGUACGACAUUUGUAGGUAGCAAUUCUGUUGCACAAACUAGCCUUACCAGUUAUAACCCUGUCAGUUUGAUUUUCAAUUAUGUAAAUAAUUAAGGUAACAGUAUAAAUCUUGUUCUUUUAAUGAUUCCUAAAAUUCAC